CCGGGCUCCGAGCUGUCAGCACAGAGCCCGACGCGGGGCUUGAACCCACGACCCGUGAGAUCAUGACCUGAGCCGAAGUCGGACACGUAACAGACUGAGCCACUCGGGCGCCUGGAGAGAGGGACGGUUAUUAUAAAGAAGGGCGGUGCCUCAGAACCAGAGGGCAGAAUGUGCCUCGGGACCCCCUGAGGAGCGGAGCCAGGGAUCGGCAGGCAGCUCACGCCUGAACCCGGGUCACGCCUGCUUUGUCAUGUGCCCCUGUGCUUCUGGUGUCCUCUCUGUCCUUCCCGUGUGUGCUCCCUCCGCCCUCCCCCUCGGGCUCCUGCCCCUUCUCUUCAGUUGCUCAGCUGACCCCACUGUCACAGCCUGGCGUGUGAGCCCUGAGUGGACAGACAGUGUCCUCGUGCCCCGGAAACUCAGGUGGAGGGUGGACAGGGGUCAGCCGAGGACACCCCUGCUCUGAAGGAAAUCAAGCAGGGUGAGAGGCCCGUGGGUGGGCUCCUGAGGAUGGGCGACCAGGGGAGGGUGUGUGAGCUGAGACUGGAAUGAGCCGGAGCCACCAGCAGGGUCGCACGGGUGGGCGACCUCCCGGGUGGGGAAGGGCUGGUGCGAAGGGCGGAUGGGGGCUGGUUUGGUUGGCGGUGAGGCAGCGUCCCAGAUAAGGGGAGACCCUUGAACAUGGCACGCGAGGAAAAGGGUCAGAUAGCAGAAGCAUCUGCACGGUACAGUUCUGUCUAUGUAAAGUCUAAGUACCUGUCAGAGGUAUAUGUAUGAUGUUAAUAGUGGAGACAAGUAUGUAGCAAAAAGGGAAAACCACGAAGCAAUGUGAUGUUCUACCACAGGGCAUUGAAGUCUGACAGUAUGAGUGUGAGAAAGGCCUGUUACGCUCAGCUCCAGAAUUACAAACCAGCCAACAGACGGCUUUUACCCGUAAUCACAGGUUCUUUUCUUUGACUCAAGGGAUUUAAGUUUAGAAAGAAGUUAAUGUAUUCUAGCAGCCAAGGGACAAGUGCUGUAGAUAUUUCAAGGAAAUGUAAUUUGUCUGCCCUCACUUUCGAUCUGUGUGUGUGUGGAGAAAGAAGCCAGCGUUUCAUCAGAGUUUGGAUUCUCCCGAUUUGUGAUAACCCAGCUUCCGUCGAAGUCUCAACAGUGAGCGUUCCCGUGACAAGUUAUUCACGGCUGUUAAACGGUCCCCAGACGUGGAAGCUCCUUGCUCUCUGCUCCUGACGAUAGUUGUCACAGAGGGAGAAUUUUAUUUUUAAUGUAACCCUGCAUUUAAGGAGACUUCUUUUGAAAUGUAACAGGAACGGAAAUGUUGGUAUUUGAAUGUUUGCCUUGCAAUUUGACACUUUGGAAGUCGAGCCCGUCAUAUCGGAGAAGACUACUGCCUCCGGUAGAGGCUUUGCCACAAAUUGUAGCGACCGUCACACGGCGGCUCGUACGCGGUCUGUUCACCGCCCAACUGGAGGGAUGAACACGGGCGCGUGCAGACGGGGCCGUGAUGCCGCUUAAAUGAAACAGCAGUGUUUCGGUUGUCACUUUCUUUGUUCUUUUUUACGAAUGGAAACGCUAAGACGGCAUAAGGGGGCCUGUUUCCUCUUACCGCGCGUUUUGAGAACUCCAGUUAGAAGUUAGAAAUAGAAGUAAAGGGUUAAAAACGAGGCUAAAGGAAGAGGACGGAGAACGCGUUCCUGGUCCUCUGGCUCCCUUGAGGGCUGCAGGUGGAGACAGGGGUCCCCCACCCGCAGGGGUGGCCAGGAAUGAAGAGCACGCAGGUGCGCGGGGUGCCUCGCGGUGGCCCGCGCACUGCCGCGUGGGGUGUGCUCAGCGCUCAGCGUGGACAGGCGGCAGUGAGAUGCGCGUUCCUCGGGCGUCAGGCUGGAAGCCUCUCCCUGAGCGCCGAGGUGCAUAGCGGUGUCUCUCCCCCGUGGGAGGUGAAAGUUCCCUCGAGUUUUCUGCGGAAUGGAACGCACGGCGGCAUCUUCUGCGAGGGAUUCUCCUGGGGAUGACCAAGUACCUCGGGUGGGGAGGGGGGAGGCGCACAGGUGAAGCAAGACGGGCUGCGGGUGGAUGGCCGCCGAACCGUGUGAUGGGUACAUCGAGGGCUCACGGUAGGUUUCCUUCUGCUUUUGUGUGUGUUUGCGGUUUUCCAUAAGAAAAAGCAAAGCAGAAUCCGGGCAUCUGUGAGUCUAGAAUUACUCUCAGAGCAGUGAGAUGUGAGCGGCCCUGUGAGAGUGACGUGGGGGCAGGUAGAGGUGUUUCGCGUCCCCCUGUACUCAGCGCCACGGGUGGAACAGCCAGCUGCAACUCCUAAAUCAAGUUCAUGACGGUCCUCGCAGGCCAGCUACUUAGGUGAUGCUCUUUCGCACUGAUGUUCCUGGCCUCGAGCCGGACAAGACAGCCGGUCCCUUUUGAGACCCCACAGCUGAGAAGGCAAGACAAUGAGACAAAUAGUCACCAGGGAGUAGAGAGACACAGGGCCAAGUCCAGAGGAGUGGGGUAUGGAAUACAUUUUCUCAAAGGCAAGUGGUGAGGCUGUCGCAGGGAGUCGGGAAGAGAGCCUGGUGGCCGGGCUUUGUCUGGCGUGGCGGCCGGGAGGGAAGCCCCCCUCCUCUGAGGGGUGGAUGGUGAGAUUUGUUUUUAACUUAUUCAUUUUCUUUAGAGAGCGGGGGAGGGGCAGAGGGAGAGAGAGAGAACCCCAAGCAGGCUCCACACUCAGUGCAGAGCCCGACAUGGGCUGCAUCCCACGAACCGUGAGAUCGUGACCUGAGCUGAGACCCAGAGUCAGACACUGAACCGAACGAGCCCCCCAGGCCCCCUGGAUGGUGAAUUUUUAAGAGCAAGGGUGUCUGGAAUCAAAUCGACGGGGCAGUCCCUCUGCCCUCAGUGCCUUGACCCCUUCCUGGUGGGACGGGCCCGUUGCCCGGGUGCCGCAGCUGGAGGUAAAGGGUCAGCACGGUGGGAUUGUCGGUGGCCAGCUCUGUGGAGCCAGACAGACCCAGAUCCGCAGAGUGGCCCUGUGGCUUCUGAGGACUCGGGCCCGAGUCCCCGAGCCACGCGGUCUGUGCUCCGGUGUGUGACGUGACGUGCUGACGCGGGCCGUGGGUGCCUCCCGCAGCCCCCGGUGCACCUGCCCUCCAUCCCACUGGCAGCCUGCCUCUUCCUCGGGAGGGGAGGGGUCCGCAGGAGUGAGAGCUGUCUGUGGCUCCCCGAAUGUUCUUUCGGCGGCUUGCCGGCUGAUGGCCGCUGGAAGUGCAGCUUUGCUCACAACCGAGACCGGCUGGGAUUCUGAAGCCUUUGUGGGUUUACGCGCCCCUAUGACACCGAGGCCCUCGGGUCACACGGGUCACAGGCUCAGGGCCUGCCGGUGAGCAGGCCGGAAUAGUCCUGCUGACAGUAACGGGGAGUCGAGUUGCUCGCUGAGCGCGGUUGGUUAGAGCUGGCUGCUCCCAGCUCUGGGGGCCACAGGAGGUAGGUGGAGGCGUGGCGGCCGUGCUCCCUGGGCACCCGGGGGCUCCCCCUUGCCCUCGCAGCUGCUGGUGGGGCUGCUCGUCCUCGGGCACACCCUCGUCACACGGCCGUCUCCCCCGGGUGGCUGUCGUUUUUCCUCACACGGACACGAGUCACGUGGGGUGAAGGGCCCACCCUGUUGCAGCAUGACCUCGUGGCAACCAAUUACCCCACGCGGACCCCUGUUCCCAAUAUGGUUCACGUGCUGAGGCCCUGGGGCCGGGCCUUCAACGUCUGUGUUUCUGGGGACACAGUUCAGUCCGUAGUUCUUGUCCUGUUAACGCGGCACAAACACAACACUCUCAGCGCGGUCACCCCGGGCGUCUUUCUCAACAACUGGUGUCGUGUGAGAGCAGGGUGGUGGCUGUGUCCCACUCGGGACACGGCUGGGGGCCCCAGCUGGGAGUCAGGGUUGAGUGAGCCCACGCCUGUCUGCAGGGCGCCGCCUGCUGAGCGCCCUCCCCCCCCCCCGUGCUGCUUCCCACAGCCCUGCUGUGGCUCGGGCUCCCACUGGCACCACGAGUCUUGCCUCCCUCCCUGGAAAAUGGUUCUUCACGCACUGGAGUGUGUCAGAAUGUAACAGCGUUCAGCGUUCUGGAGUGUUCUAGCAUGUUCUAGAAUGCCCCACUCUGACCUGAGUCAGAGACCCAGGCUUCUGGAGAUUCUGAUGCAACUCAAGUUUGAGAAGUGCCCUGGAAUGUUCUUUGAUGGGAUUUAAACGUCCAGAGUUGCUCAGAGGAACACGGGGGAUGCCAGCUAAGAUGAGUGCAAGGUGCUUGAAAGUGCAGAAAGAAUGAUGAUGGGGACACAAGUGUUGUCGUUGAAAAGGACCAUUUCAUGGAUGAUUUCUUCCAUCAGGUUGAGGAGAUCAGGACCAGUAUCGCUAAAAUAGCUCAAUAUGUUGAAGAAGUAAAGAAAAACCACAGCAUCAUUCUUUCUGCACCAAACCCAGAAGGAAAAACAAAGGAAGACCUUGAGGAUCUGAACAAAGAAAUCAAGAAAACUGCCAGUAAAAUCCGAGCCAAGUUGAAGUCUAUCGAGCAGAGUUUUGAUCAGGAUGAGAGUGGGGACCGCACCUCAGUGGAUCUCCGGAUACGACGAACUCAGCAUUCAGUACUGUCUCGGAAGUUUGUGGAGGUCAUGACGGACUACAACGAGGCCCAGACUCUGUUUCGGGAGCGGAGCAAAGGACGCAUACAGCGCCAGCUGGAGAUCACUGGGAGAACCACGACCGACGAGGAGCUGGAAGAAAUGCUGGAAAGCGGGAGCCCUUCGGUCUUCACCGCAGACAUUAUAUCAGAUUCACAGAUCACUAGACAAGCUCUCAAUGAAAUUGAGUCUCGUCACAAGGACAUCAUGAAGCUGGAGACCAGCAUCCGGGAGCUACACGAGAUGUUCACGGACAUGGCCAUGUUCGUUGAGACCCAGGGCGAAAUGAUCAACAACAUAGAAAAAAACGUUAUGAACGCCACAGACUAUGUAGAACACGCUAAAGAAGAAACGAAAAAGGCGAUUAAAUAUCACAGCAAAGCUAGAAGGAAAAAGUGGAUAAUUGUGGCUGUGUCAGUGGCUGUGGUUGCCGUAAUUGCUCUAAUUAUUGGCUUAUCGGUUGGCAAAUGAUGGUGUGGACAACGUCAGUGUGCGUGCCCCCCUGCCAGCGAGGCAAAAAUGAUGUGCAUUAUCAUUUGUGUAAUCGUUUUGCUUGUGAUCCUUGGAAUUGUCCUAGCAACAACCUUGUCGUAGCGACCGUAUCCCGAGAGCCACCGUCCUUGGAGUCAGACCACAGGCGCAGCGAGCGGUGAGCCCGCGCCCUCCCGUCCCGUGACUGAGCCCCAGACACCGUGACGUGUGGUGCUGGGCGCCGGUCUCGUUGCUGAGGGCCAGGGGGAGGCGCCACAGGAUGCCCCGUCUAGUGAAAGUCCGUGAGCGGGAUGGGUGUGACGAGCUAACCCAGACGUCCUUGGACUCUGAAGAGCACAUCACCGAAAACUAACAAUGUGAAACUUGUUUCAGUGGCCUUAAAAUAAGGAAUGAUUGAAAAUUUCAUUUUUUUUUUUUUUUGUAUUUCAGUGUUAAAAGUACAUGUGAAGUUUAAUUAGGAAUAUUUUAUGUCAUGAAGCUAUGAGAUGUCAGGUCUGAGCCUUCCUCCCUCCCCGCCCCCCAGCUAACACGCGAACUAAGAGUCGUUUUUGCACUCCGUUUCAUUCGUGUUUUGUUCGUAACAAAAAUUUGUAUCGGCACAGAACUGUUUUGUAAGAUAUCGAUAAUUUUAAAUGUUUAUAAAUUGUUUAAUAUAUUAACAUCUUAAUUUACUCCGUUUUUAUAUAUCGAAUAUUGCCUUUUGAAGUAAAUAGGAAGCGUCAUGAUAUGACUAGAGCCUUCUUUGCACAGUUGUUUACCAAGUUUGCCGUUGGCAUAGCACACAUCGGCGGCAAAGCCCCCGAAAAGCCUUUCAAGUGCCUUCUGUUAAUGCUGAUUCACAAGGUUAAAAAAUGCACCUGACGGCCUCCGGGAAAGUCUCCAUUAUUGCACUGGGCCCACUCCUACCUGUUCCGCUGCCCGAGAUAAUAAACUAGUUACUGCCCGUGAGAGACCACCGCCUCUUCUCUGUUCGUUAGAAAUAAGGUUUGUGUGUCCCUGUCUACGUCAGUAAGGUCUGAACUUAAGACGGUGAGGAGACCGAGAUUGAGUACUUUCUAAACUCAAGGAACUUACUCCCAGACAUUAAUUCCUCUAAAUGUAAACUGCUGUACAGGUUACUUGUAAAUGCUCCUGGUUAAGUGCUUACUGUUCUGCUGAGCUGCAAAAGUAGAUUCCCAAAGUUCAUAGGAAUCCAUGAUAAUUAAACAUCUGUAUCGCGCGGUGAUGUUUCUUAGUGUAAUACGGUUCAUUUUUUUGACGUGUAUCACGCGUGGGCUCUUACUAGGGAGCGGACCUCUGGGAGACGGCGGCUGGUCGGGACUGUGGGUGAACGUGUGAAGGAUGUUCCAGAUGUCGCCAAGCUCUCAUUACUUGUGUAUGCGAUCGACCGUGUAAGCGCGUGCCUGCAUCCUGACGUUGGCUUGAAAACUGACAGAGCCACGCUUGCUUCCACACAGCAGGCGUGAAUGAGUCGAGCGGUCCGGAAACUGUGCUCUUUACGUAAUACGAUUAUGACUUCCACUCGUUCCUGAUUUAUGCACGCAACGGCUUAGCUUAGACUCGGAUCGGAAUGGACGCACUUCAUUUGCGUGCUGAUCACCGCUGAGUGCUCAGAGUUAGGAGAGGAGCGCUCUGGCUGCAACGCGUGUUUUUAGAAAGUCUUUACAUGGCCCGUCACCGGGGUCCGCUCGCUAUGUGUGCACAAGUCGGAGACGCGCCUUGAAGGACAUUUAAACAUUUCGCGAUCAUGUGCCUGCAUUAGCACAGCUUUUGUGCACUCGUUUGUGUCAUCGCGUCCGCGUGCAGAGCAGCGCUCUCUGCUGGCGGCGGCCUGUGUGCGGCUGGGCGCGUUCUCCAGCUCUGGCUCGUUAGGCUCGCCUCCCGCAACGGUUCCGACUGUCCUUGUUCAGGUCAUUCUUCCGAGAUUUACCAGACUUGUGCUUCUGUAGUUGGAGUCCAGGAAAAGCCUUUUGAUUUCUGUUUAGGAGAACAUCGAAGUCAGUCAUCGGGUAGCGCUGCUGUACGCAUGGACCCCAAGCACCCGUUUGAGAUCAGAUUACAAAAGCUAUACUUACGGGUUCCCUUGUUACUUUUAUCAUUCCUUCAAAUAUUUUAUGUUUACAUAAAGAAAAAACUGCCAGAGAACCAAAACCAAACUGACUUUCUGUCUCGUCAUUUCUGGAAAGAUUUUGGGGGGAGAUAUUUUAUUGCAUAUCCAUUAAUAAAUUGUUCUACUAAGAAAAUCA